AGCUCACCGCGACCAGACCCGCCGCUCGGAAUCAGCAGCCGCUCAAUUGUGAUGGAGUGACUCGCAAUCUUCUGAGGCGGUGAAGGAAUUUCAGUUCUUGGACGGUCAGCUGAUCGUGCUCUUUCGUUUGCGUUUUCUAUUUGCAGCCAAGUUGGAUUUAACCAGGACCUAAAGUGCUUCAAAUCCGUUUAAUUUUGAGGUUAUUGUUAGAAUUCAUGUUCAGGGAUAUGUUUUUGCGCUGCAUAGUCCGGUGCAGUUGUUCCCCAGAGUUUAAUAUAAGGCCAUCAUGCAUUUUUUCAUACGGAAUUUCGCGGGGAGGACAGUUUGCGUGUCGUUGCCUGAAGGGGCUGCGACUGUGCAGCUUCUGAAGGAGUCGAUUGAAGCGCGAGAGCGCAUUCCUGCGCGUCAUUUCGGUAUUGCAUUUUGUAACAAGCAGCUUAUUGAGGAUGAUUCUCUGCUUGAAAGCUAUGGAAUUAGGGAUGGUUGCACCCUGCACCUCACAGGAAAACUUCUGGGAGGAAUGCAGGCGCCGGUUGCCCCCAAACCUCGUUUGGAUUUUUUGAAUUCCAGGCCACCAGCCAAUUAUGUUGCUGGAUUGGGACGUGGUGCGACUGGGUUCACUACCAGGUCUGAUAUUGGGCCCGCAAGAGCAGCACCUGAUUUGCCGGACAGGACCGCGACUACAAUCGGAGGAGCUGCAGCAGCGCCAGCAGGUGCCGGGCGUGGGCGAGGUAAAGGAGGAAACGAGGAGGAGGAGGAGGAAGCAGAGGAGAAAGGGUAUGAUGAAAAUCAGAAGUUUGAUGAGUUUGAAGGAAAUGAUGUGGGAUUAUUUGCCUCUGGCGAAUAUGAUGAAGAUGACAAGGAGGCUGAUGCCGUGUGGGAGGAUAUUGAUAAGCGUAUGGACUCUAGGCGGAAGGAUCGCCGAGAAGCUCGUCUGAAGCAAGAAAUCGAGAAGUAUCGUGCUUCAAACCCCAAAAUUACGGAACAAUUUGCUGAUUUGAAGCGGAAGUUGGUUACAUUAUCGGCUACGGAAUGGGAAAGUAUACCAGAAAUUGGAGACUAUUCGCUGAGGAACAAGAAGAAAAGGUUUGAAAGUUUUGUUCCCCCACCGGACACUCUUUUUGAACGUGCCAAGCAGGAGCAUGAGCACGCAACUGCGCUUGACCCUCGGUCCAGAGCUGCGGGCGUGGAGACCCCGUAUGGGCAGACUCCUGUUACAGAUCUUACAGCCGUUGGAGAAGGAAGAGGCACAGUGUUGUCCCUAAAGCUGGAUCGUCUUUCUGACUCUGUGAGUGGAUUGACCGUCGUAGAUCCGAAGGGUUACCUCACUGAUCUAAAGAGCAUGAAAAUCAACAGUGAUGCCGAGAUUUCUGAUAUAAAAAAGGCAAGGUUGUUGCUUAAAUCUGUUAUUCAAACGAAUCCAAAGCACGCCCCCGGUUGGAUUGCAGCUGCUCGUUUGGAAGAAGUUGCUGGAAAAAUUCAAGCAGCCAGGAAUUUCAUACAGCAGGGAUGCGAGGAAUGUCCCCAGAACGAGGAUAUUUGGCUUGAGGCCUGCCGAUUAGCGACUCCCCAGAACGCGAAAGCUGUAUUAGCUCAGGGUGUUAAAGCUAUCCCUAAUUCUGUGAAGUUGUGGAUGCAAGCGUCGAAGCUUGAGAGCGAUGACAUCAGCAAGUCACGGGUAUUGCGAAAAGCUCUUGAACAUAUACCAGACUCUGUGAGGAUUUGGAAAGCCGUUGUUGAACUCGCCAAGGAAGAUGAUGCAAGAAUCCUUCUCUCACGAGCUGUUGAAUGCUGCCCUCUUCACGUGGAGCUUUGGUUGGCUUUGGCUCGUCUUGAGACUUACGAUAACGCAAAGCGUGUUCUUAACAAAGCACGUGAAAUGUUACCAACGGAGACAAGUAUAUGGAUUACUGCAGCUAAGCUGGAAGAAGCUAACAGAAACACUGCUAUGGUGGGGAAGAUCAUUGACAGAGCUAUUCGUACGCUUCAACGUGACGGAGUUUCUAUUGAUCGGGAAGCGUGGAUGAAGGAGGCAGAAGCAGCAGAGCGUGCCGGCUCAGUGGCAACUUGCCAAGCUAUUAUUACCUCAACUAUCGGCAUUGGAGUAGAAGAGGAAGAUAGGAAGAGAACAUGGGUGGCAGAUGCUGAUGAAUGCAAGAAACGUGGCUCUGUGGAAACAGCUCGAGCAAUCUAUGCUCAUGCAUUGACUUUCUUUCCGGGCAAGAAGAGUGUUUGGUUGCGGGCUGCACAAUUGGAGAAGAGUCACGGAACUCGGGAAUCGCUUGACGCUAUGUUGAAGAAGGCCGUAGGCUAUUGUCCUCAGGCUGAAGUGUUGUGGCUCAUGGGCGCGAAGGAGAAGUGGUUAGCAGGGGAUGUUCCAUCAGCGCGUGCCAUUCUUCAAGAGGCUUAUGCCGCUAUUCCUAACUCUGAGGAGAUUUGGUUAGCUGCCUUCAAGUUAGAGUUUGAGAAUCAUGAACCAGAGAGAGCUCGGAUGCUGUUAGCCAAGGCCAGAGAGAGGGGAGGCACUGAGCGGGUCUGGAUGAAGUCAGCGAUAGUGGAGCGUGAGAUUGGAAAUGUGGACAAGGAGAGAGAAUUGUUGGAAGAAAGUCUAGAGAGGUUUCCACAGUUCCACAAGCUUUGGCUCAUGCUCGGGCAGCUCAAGGACCGUAUUGGCCAGCCGGAAGCAGCGCGGGAUACGUAUGAGAGAGCAUUGCGUAAUUGUCCUCACAGUAUUCCACUUUGGUUAUCUGCAGCUGCUUUAGAAGAGAGGCUGGGCGGUUUGACUAAGGCAAGAGCGGUUCUCACGAAGGCUAGGCUCAAGAAUACACACAACCCUGAGCUUUGGCUAGCUGCCAUCCGCGUCGAGGCUCAUGCUGGAAACAAGAAGGAAGCAGAAUCGCUCAUGGCCAAGGCACUUCAAGAUUGUCCUUCCAGUGGACGUCUAUGGGCAGAAGCUAUCGAUAUGGCUCCACGACCUCAACGCAAGUCUAAGAGUGUCGAUGCAUUGAAACGCUGCGAUCAGGACCCAUAUGUCAUUGCAGCCGUUGCGAAGUUGUUUUGGCAGGAUCGUAAGGUUGAUAAGGCAAGAAGUUGGUUGAACCGAGCUGUGACUUUGGCUCCUGAUAUUGGGGACUUCUGGGCACAGCUGUACAAGUUUGAGCUGCAGCAUUCAGGCGAGGAUUUACAACAGGAUGUAAUUCAGAGAUGUACAGCUGCCGAGCCUCGGCAUGGUGAGAAGUGGACAAAAUUUUCGAAGGCGGUUGAGAAUGCGCAUUUCUCAACAAAGGAGAUUUUGAAGAAAAUUGUUUUGGCAGCCAAGGACGAGGAAACGGUGUGAGACUGCCUGUAGAUGCAUGCAUCAUCUAAAUCAGAAGUUCCCAAUUUCACUUAUGGUAAUGCCUCUCACACAGUUUGUGAAUUUGGCUUUUGGCAUUAGGGACUUCUGGGAUAGUGAUGUAAAUAUCUAUAUUAAAAGAGAUUCUUACAGGAAUUGCACAUUUCAAUUACGGUUUGGAGGAUCUAACGUCUCUUAUGUAAAAUUCUGGCGGAAUUAUCAAAGAUUUAAGCCAGGAUGUUUCACAAUCCGAGGCUGAGCAUUUGAUUUUGUAUAAUAGGCCGGGUAUGUUGCAGACCUUGAUCUUGAAGUUUUGUGUUAGUUUGUGCUGGCUCUUGACAUGUUGAAGCCCAAUCUUAGCAGUUAAGUUCUUAAGCGUUUUAGGCCGGAGUACGUAUCCGAAACGUUUUUGGUUACUCGUAAAUAUCUUACAAGAUUUGUCUCGGAACCUUCUAUUAUAUAGGUCAACAAAUUGCAGGGCAAUCCCUUAUCACUUUUAUCUUCUGGGUAUAUCUGUGUUUUUAAUGCUUAUAGGAGGUUGCAUGUUGAGCUAUGUUUUUGUUAGUUACAUUAGUUGUAGUAAAUUCUAGAUGCAUUCUAUAAAUUUAGAUCAAUUUAUAGCUUUGUUGACAUUUAGAAUCGUUCAUGAAGUGAGCUUGCCGGUGAACAAAAUAGGAAAAAAAAAAGGUUAGGGUAGGUUAAAAUAGAAACUUAGUUAGAAUGAAGACUUAGAUUUGUUAAAGGUGUAUUUCUUAAAAGUAAAAAUACAGAGGUAAAGCAUUAUUGUGUGUGUUAA